AUGGGUUCAAUUGGGCUCUCAAAAGCCGAGCAUCAUCGGGUCAUUAUCGUUGGUGCUGGCCCGGUCGGGCUAACGACCGCAACCAAUUUAGCAAGGCUUGGGAUCCCUGUCUUGGUCCUCGAGAGGAAUCACCAGGUCGAUCAAUCUCCCCGGGCGGCAUCGUAUCAACCAUGUGCGCAGGCCGAACUGCUCGAGACAGGUACCCUAGACGACGUCAGAAAGGAGUCUGUCAUCAAUGAUGUGGUAUCAUUCUGGAUCAAAGGCAAAAAGGUGGCGCAUGUGGAGAAGCGAGAAGGAGGCAGCCUCUUCCCUUCUGGCAUCAAUUGUCCUCAGCCGAGACUGGCCGCCAUACUCCUGCGCCAUCUCACCACCAAAUAUAACUCGGAAGUGCGGUUCAAUCAGAAAGUCAUUGAGGUCUCUCAAGACGAGAAACAAAGUCUGGUUUCUUUGACCGCCGUGGAUCCAACUACCAACCAAGAAACUCUAUAUACCUGCGACUGGCUGAUAGGGGCGGAUGGGGCAGGCUCGAGCGUGCGCAAACUGUCCCAUAUCCCCUUUGAAGGGUUCUCCUGGCCGAAAGAAGAUUUCGUGGCUACGAAUGUGCGAUUUGAUUUCUUUAAACAUGGAUUUGACACCGCAAACCUGAUCUUGGAUCCGGUACAUUGGGCUGUCGUCACAAUCCUCGACGACACAGGACUAUGGCGCGUGGCAUUUGGGGUCAGAGCGGGCUUGACCAACGAGGAGAUACGAGCCGAGCUUGACGAGCACUAUAAGCACAUCUUCCCAGUGUGGCCCGUCGAGUAUGAGCUGGUACAGUUGAACAAGUACAAGCCGCAUCAGAGAUGUGCACAGACUUUCAGACUGGGCCGGAUAUUGCUGGCCGGUGAUGCUGCGCAUAGCAAUAACCCCAUUGGUGGCCUAGGCUUGACGACGGGUCUCUUGGAUGCUGGACCUCUGGGCCGUGCGCUCGGCGCUGUCAUCAACGGCACAGCGCCCGAGUCGCUCCUCGAUACGUGGGCCAAAGCUCGCCGAGAUAAAUGGCUGAACUUCACCAACGAGUUUUCCAUCGAGAACAAACGCAUGUGCCAAUUGGGGGGAUACAGCGACGAUCCUCUCGGGAUCUGGGAGAUUGACGACGUGGCCAAGGAGCACAAGAUGGAGCAGUGGUUAGCCAUGGCUACGCCGGAGAAGAAGGAAGCCGACGCGAGGAUGUACAAGGCUCUCGAGGAUCCACAGGCGCAGCUGGUCAGUCGGAUGAAGCAGUGGGAGAUUACCAUGGAUCCCAUGUGGAUGGCGCAGUACGAGGAUCCGGAGCUGGUCAAGUACAGAGUUUCGCUGAGGCCUGCGGUGCUGUCGACGCCCGAGGCUGCGACAUGA